CAUCACCUCAUAGCAUUGAGCACACCAGAAUAACUUUUUUCAUGUGCAGUGUACGGAAGAGCAUUUAUCAGAAGUUAUAAAAAAAACUUUUGAUAGGUUAUAAGCAAGUUACGAUCAGACUGAUUUGGUUUAAGCAGUUUAUUUUUCUCAGACCUAACAUGUUCCACUAGAAACAUGAUUCGAGGACACAUUUUGCUAACUGUGAUAUGCACAGUAGCAGGCUUCAACAUUUUCACAAAACCAGUAAAGCAUUUUCCGAACGAUGAUAAACUAUUUGGGCAAACUACUGUUCAGUCUAAAGCUGGGGUAUUGGUUACAUCACCAAAUUCUAGACCCCAGAAAGUAUUCAGCUGUGGUCUGGAAAAAUGCACAGAACUCAAUAUCUCAGACAAUGCAGGUAAAGGACUCCGACCCAUCGUGGCAUUGACCAACAGUUUGACUGGGGAGAAGGAGCGGCACAUGGUCUGCCAACAGGUCAGGAAGAAGAAGAACACGAAUGAGGAUCUUAAUGCAAACUGUACACUCCUGUCUGGCCUUCUGAAGCAUAAGUUGUAUUAUCCUGCCACGCUAGUUGUAGAUCAACUGGAAAGAAACAUCUCCAUCAAUAACAACAACAACAACAACAACAACAACAACAACAACAACAACAACAGUGAUGAGCAUGAUGAGAAGGAUGAUCCUGGGACUGAGAUUGCAUUUGUACUUGAUGGAUCUGGUAGCAUUGAAAGCGAAGACUUUAAAAGGGCAAAAGAUUUCAUCACAACUGUGAUGAAAAAUGUUUGGGAGAAGUGUUUCAAUUGCGAAUUUGCUGUUGUUCAGUAUGGAUCAAAAAUCAGAACUGAACUGUCAUUGAAUGAGAAAGACGGGCCAAAAGCUAUUGAAACGGUCAAAAACAUUGAACAGAUCGAAAACGCCACAAUAACUGCUUCAGCUAUUAUCUAUACAAUUGAACAUGUUUUUGUUCCUGAGAAUGGGUCCAAAGAGGACUCCAAGAAAAUCAUGAUAGUGGUGUCAGAUGGAGCAAUAUCCUUUUGGGAUAAGAAACAUUUGGAAAAAGCAAAGAAAUUGCUUGAAACAAAAAAUAUCACCAGAUUUGCUAUUGGGGUUGGUAAUCAAACCAAAAUAGACGAGUUGAAGAUUAUUAGCAACAGUGAGAGUAACCUGUUCUUGGUUGGUGACUAUAAAGCCUUGGAGGGCAUCCUCUCCAAGCUAAAGACCAGUAUCAUCAAAGGAAUCGAAGGAAUCAAGCAGGGGGAUGGCUUUCAAUUUCAACUUGCCGAGGCUGGAUUCAGUAAUCACAUUGCACUAGAUGGGUCCUUACUGUUCGGCGCAGUGGGGGCCAAUGACUGGAGUGGAGGAGUGAUCUUAAAACACCCCAAGGAGAAUAAGGUCACCUUCUUAAAUGGGUCAUCCUCAGAGCCAAGGUUCUCCUACUUAGGUUACAGUGUUGUGUCUGCCAUGGGCCCCUCAGGGACUCUGUACAUCUCAGGGGCCCCUCGUCACAGCCUGACUGGUGGGGUCUUUGUCUUUAUUGCAACUUCACACAAACUGCAGGAAAUACUACUGGGUGACCAGGUGGGCUCUUACUUUGGCUCUGUGUUAUGUGCCCUGGACUUUAACGGGGACACUAAGACAGACUACCUGCUGGUAGGAGCACCGUACUUCCACCAGAGAGGAGAGGAGGGCAGAGUGAUCAUCUUCAAGCUAAACCAGGCCCAGGGUAAGUUUGAUAAGGAGCCCUGGGAGUGGCAUGGGCUGGACAGCUACAUAUAUGCCAGAUUCGGUUCAGCCAUCUCUUCUGUUGGAGACCUGGACGGAAACGGAUACAAUGACGUGGCAGUUGGAGCUCCUCUGGAGGAAGAUGAGACAUGUGGCUGUUCUGGAAGCAUCUAUAUCUAUAACGGAGUCCAAGAAGGACUUCAGAGGGACCACUCUCAGAGAAUUAAAGCUGCAGAGUUUGAGAUGAAACUCCGCCACUUUGGCCAGUCUGUGAGUGCAUUCUCUGACAAAAAAAGUGCCGAUGGGAGGAGACAGCUUUACAUCAGUGUCGGGAGCCAAGGCACUGUCACUGUCCUGAAAACAAUCCCUGUCAUCGUCUUUAAACCCAAGCUGACCAUGAAGCCUAACACCAUCCCCACAUCCGCGCAGACAAACUCAAAAACCAAGAUGGAGCAGGUCACCCUGGCCAUCUGCUUCCAAGCACAAAGGGGAAAUAUUGGCCCUGGUGAAGAACUUCCCAUAUCUUACAACAUAGAUCUGGAUGCAGGUCAAAACAAAAAGCGCCUGUCUUUUGAGGACAAAGCAAAUGGGGAAGGCAUCUUCACUAUACUUUCUGAUACAAACUGCCUUAACCCCAUCAAACUGUUUUUUACGGGUUGCUAUGACUGCUUCUCACCGAUAGAGAUCAAGCUAAACUUCAAGUUGAAUACCACUGAACCACCUCUCCGCAUUCUGGAUUUCUGUACUCCCACAGAGUUCACAGAAAAGAUUCAAUUUGAGAAGGAGUGUGAGGUGAAAGACAAAUGCAGGGGAAACAUAUCCUUAUCUGAUUCAAGGCUGAGCAAGGAUAUGGUCAUAAUAGGAAUGACUCAGAACUUGAUGAUUGACUUCAAUCUGACCAACUUUGGGGAUAGUGCCUACAUGACAACACUUGUCCUGGCAUAUCCCAACAUGCUCCUUUUUAACAAGUUCACAAUGAAAAUGGAAGGGUCUGUUUGUGAGAACCAAGUUAAUGAGAAUAUUUCUUAUUUGAAGUGUCAUCUCUUACAUCCAGUCUUCAAGAAAAAUACCCAGGUACAUUUCUCCAUCUCCUGGCAGCUUGUGAACAAGAAAUCAGAGAUGCGAGAGGCUGAGAUCACAGCAAACCUCACAUGUGAGAAUGGUGGCACCCAGGUUUUGUAUUUUAAGACGUACCACUUUGGAAUAAAGAACGCUUUAAAGGUCCAACUGACUGGGGAGGCCACACCGAACAUUGUAAAACUCACGGACCAAGCCAUUGAGAAUAAAGACCUGACAUUUAAGUUUCAGCUUCACGGUGAGAACAAACACAAUGCAACUAUACGCGUUAACAUUACAAUAACAGCACAGGCACGUCACACCAAAAUUACAAUCAAGAGUAUUACACCUAAGGAGAGAUGUGGAAAUCCAGAAGUAAAUGCCUUCGGGGAGUAUCUCAUUCAGUGUUCAGUGACAGAUGUACAGGAAAUCACGGUUGAGGCUGAGGCUUCAAUCAGAGAGUUUUCGGGUACAUCUGAGAAAAUUACAGCUAAAGCCACUCUGGGAUUUGAUGAAGACCGAUUCGAAGCACUGGAAUUGAGAUCGAUGGAAUCAGUGGAGGUGAUGAUUAUCAAACUGGCAGUGGAGAAAUCAUUGCCCGUCAUCAUCGGAGGCUCCAUUGGAGGCUUUCUAUUUCUAGCGAUAAUCAUUGUCAUACUCGUUAAGUGUGGCUUUUUCAAACGACGCCAUCAAAAGGAUAUAGCAAUGGAUGCUGAGUGAUGCUUUGUCACUGGUAAGAUUAGUGCUGAAUGCUAAAUUAGCCUUUUGAAAGCUGGAGCCUUGUGUAACUUGGGGGAUUUUACCAUAAAACAAUAUCCAUGCUGGAUCUGCAUGGUGUUCCACUGAACUUUAGCCUUAGCAGCCAAAAUGCCCAUAAGAAAUUUGCAUUGUUGAGUGAUUUAAUGAGAACUUUGAAAUAUGAUAAAGCCAUGUGAUCCAAGAGACGCUUUGUUUUGAGUAUUUUGUAAAAUAUUGUUUUUGUAUUUUUUUGAGUAUUGUACAUUCAUACAUAUUCAGAUAAUUGACUUAGCCUACUGUGAUGACUGUUUUAAAAUAUUUUAUAUUGUACGGUUUUAUACAAAAUAUUACUCAAUUAGAAUAUAGCACACUUUUUAAAAAUUGACUCAUGUUUGUAUUAUGAGAACUUUGAAAUAUGACAGAGCCACAUGAUUGAUGAGCCACUUUGUUUUGAAUUAGUUAAGUAUUUUGUUACAUAUUGCAUAUUUCUACAUAUGGAGAUAAGUGACUUACACUGUGAUGUCUGUGUUUUUAAAGUAUUCUAUACGGUAAGGUUUACUAUAAAAUAUGACUCAUAUUUCUUGUGUACAUUUAUUAUUUACCUUGGUGUAAAUUGCCUCAACGUUUUAGUUUUAAAAUGUUUGCUCUAAAGAACUAAAUACAAAGAUUAAAUGAAAAAUAUUAUCUUGAAAGCAAAACAUGAUUUUUCUGUUCUAAAUCUCAACAUGCUUUGUAAAAAGGUUAAAUAAAGUCUCAGCUGCUGUUAAA